AAUGGAUCUAUGGCGCUGGGUCCAAGCGUGUCCCCUGCUGCACCUCGUGAGUCGCCGCCUUCCCGGCCUGCCCGGCUUCCCCAACGGCCUGCUGCUGCACGACGUGGCCAUCACUCGAAGCCGCCUGCGGGGGCGCUCCGAAGAUCUGCUGUUUGUGGAGGAUCCCAGGCUGAUCCAAAGAGCCAGGCGUGGGCUCAGUUUUGUGGAACCCAUUGGCGGGGGCGAAGCCACUGUGGUGCGCCGCGGUUUGCCAAAGUUCUUUGACAUCGAUGCAGCCUGUUUGGCCGAAGCAUCCUGCAGCCUGGGUGCCCCGGGCACCAUGGCGAGCCAAGCAACUCUAUCCCAGAGCCAAGGGGCAGCUUCCAAGCUCUUGGCAGAUAGCAUCCAACAAGCCAUCUCGGCCAAUGCAGCCAUCUCAUUGACUAAAUUGCAAAAAGCCAAUGGUGAAAAUGUUCAGGUGUCCUACCAUCUGCCCACUGGGCAGUGGGUCCUGUGCUCCAAAAACGUUUCCAUUUUGGCUUCCUGCGCCCCAGAGCUGGAGUUGCCUCAGUGGGCAGAUCGCAGAUAUCGCUUCGCACGGCAGGUUGGGGCUUUGUGGUUCCAGCAGCUGUCGGCUUUGGAGGAGGCAUCUUGCAAAUCACUCCGGAAAACCCUGGCUUCAGCCACACUGAUUGGUGAAAUGGUGGGUGGAAGCGGGGCACACCUGGUUCAGUAUGGCCCUGAUCGGAAGCUGCAGUGGUUUGCCGUCGUGCCUCAUGAGGGAGAGGAGGCCUGCUGGGUGCCUUCACGAAGCCACAGCUUCUUUCAGAAGAUAGGUUUGCCAGGUGUGGAAUUUGGGCAUCACAUGGAGGUGUACAAGACAGUAGAAUCACUCUUGGAUGCGCUUUCGCAGAUGGUGCUGACUGUUGAGAAGGCACCCCUGAGCGAAGCCGGAGAAGGCUAUGUGCUUUACAUCUCAGCCCAGCCAGACACUAGUCAUUUGGACGAAGCCAAUGGCAGUCGGGUGAUUCACAUGGGCAAAUUGAAAACAGCUGAGUAUCGGGCCCUGCGACGCAUGCGUGACAAGGCCAAGCAGUUUGCCAAGAGUGCCGGCUGUUUGUUGGUGGAGGAUGUGCUGGAAGACUUCAGGCGGGAAGCUACUUUGUUGGAAGAAGAUGUGGUGGAGACCCAUGCCAACACGCUUGGAAAGCUAUGCCGCCUGAUUUUCGCAGAGGACCUCCCAGCAGAGGAAGUGGAUGAGAAGUUCCUGGAUUUGCUUCAGCGUGCCGAGAGCUACCAUGGCACAGAUGCUCCCCGCAGACCUGCUCCGGCCCUUUGCCUAGUGGUGCCCCCGUUUCAAGUGGAUGGGCAGCUGGCUGCCGCCCUGCAGGCCUUGUUGAAGGACCGUGGGCAGAUGAAGCCAAGUCCGCCUGCUCCAGGUGGUCCAGGUACUCAAGGUGGCUUGGAGCGGAGUUGUGCGGAGCUUCACAAGGAGAAUCUGGCCUCGGCCUGGUAUGCAUCCACAGCAUCCAAAGCCAAGGUUUACUUGAACCACAUUCCCAUUCAUGUGGAGGGCCUCUUUGUGCCGAGGGACGGUGAGCCCGCUCAAAAGCGACGUCGUAUGGAGAUGGAAGAGCGAAGGAAUCAGAGUAGCUCUCAAUUGGCACAGGCUCUAGGGCAGCGCUGCCUUUUCAUUCUAUGGGGCUGGAGUGGCUGGUCAACCCUGCCUCAGCUCCAGAUCAAGCAAAGCAGGGGUCAAUCCCCGACGGAAAGGAGGCUGUUGCGGAGCAAGCAGUUGAGAAGUGCUUCGGGGGUUUUCUUUCAGAAACUUCAGGCUCAAGCAUUGAAUCUGAAAGCCAAGCUGCCCCAGGGCCAAACUUUGUGGCUGCCGGGCCUGCCAAGCUUAAGCGACCAGAGGGCGAUGUCAACCAUUGCCACCAGCAUUGAGCAAGCGUGGGCCAACACAGAAGCCCCCAAUCCGGCGCGUGAAUUGCAAUGGCAAGAAGCUUCCAGGGCAACGGUGGUUGCUAUCAUCCCCUUGGCUUUGCCUGGCAUGGGAAAGAGUUCUCUUCUUGAAGCCCUUUUUCAACGCUGCCAGCGUGGCGGGUUGAAAUGCUAUCGCCAAGGGAAGCUCUUGGACAAAGCCGGUGCACUGGAUCCAAGUUUCAGUGCCCUGCCCAUCCAACCAUCUUCCGCGGCAAUUGUGUCCAGUGAUGGUUUCACAGGAGAGGAGCUUCAAUUCAUGGGCCUAACUGCAGCAGGAAGCUCAUCACAGGACGUGGCGCGAUGCCGGAGGCAAGCGGCACACAGGUACAGAAAGGCCAUCGAGGACUUUCUGAUUGCAGCUGCCAGCGGCGUGGAUGCCGUGCAUUUGCUGCUGUUGGAUAAGAACCACCCUCCAUCGAGCUUGCGGAACGAGGUGGAAGUGCUGCAAUCCACCUGCAAAAAUCUUGGCUGCCGCUUGCUCCCAAGGGCCUUGGCCAUUGAUUUCGUGGAGGCGGAAGCUUCCGAGCUGGAAAAGCAGCUGCUACAGGAGGAGGAGAAACACUUUGGUCCAUGGGCAUAUCCAUGGAAUCCCUCGGUGAUUGCGGAGUGCGGUGCCCGGUUGUUAUUGAGGUCAUCUCAUGACACCCUGGCAGGGGGUGAAACCUCGCUAUUUGUAUUGCUCAGUUUCCUUUAUCUUCACAAGCGCUUCACAUUGGACGAACGCAGCGUGGGGAUUCCAGUGAUCAAAAGUCCUUACCUGUCCACCACUGGAGCCUUGGCAUCCUGGACUUCGGAUGAGCCCGACUCCUUGUGGUGUCGCUUGGAGGUUCGGGCCUUGCUGCAGCAGAUCCUGAGUUGCUUGCGCAAACCCUUCGAUGACCAGCAGAAGUGGAAGCCCCUGAUGACGUCUUUAGUCUUGCAUCUCCGGUCCCAGCAGCUGCAGGUGCCAGAUGAAUUGCUGCGGCAGGCGCAUACAGAAGGCUGUGCCGAGAGCAUUUGGACCGCAAUCUUCGCAGCUUUGGAACAGGUGGAGCCACCAGCGCAGCCGCAAUAUUUUGUCCCUGCCUUCCGCUAUGUCGCAUUGGACGUGGACGGGCACCAUGCCAUGAUUGAAUCAUUGCUGACCAAAGUCUCCAUGGCGAUCCGUGCCAUCACCGAUGCAUGUCCUGAUGAUGAACCUUUCCAAUCGCCUGAAUUUCUCAGGCCAAAAUCUCUGCACGUUACGACGUGUUUUUUGGGAUCCACGAUUGGUGAUGCUCAAAGGAAAGUGCUUGCUGCCUCGAAGUCGCUUGUCUCCGAAAAUGCGACCUUUGACUGCAGCAUCACACACCUUGUGGCUGCUCCAGGUGCGCUGGCCUUCGCUGUGGUGGACGGAUCGAGGUUGCGUGGGGAUGGUGUGCCGAUGGCUGAAGAGCAAAGGCCCCACAUCACCAUGUGCACCCAGCUACCAUGGCAACCGCGCCAUUCCAAUGAGGUGCUCGAGGCGGUGACACUUUGGUUGGAUGAUGCCACGGUUCACGCAGCCGGGAAGUGGGUACGCAAUGUGAAAGUCAAAUCAAGUGUGCUUGAUGUGUUCAUCCUGCAACUGGAACGUCCUGUAGUGCUCUCCUCGAACCCUGUGCAACUUUGCUGAGAGCUGACGCGACAAAAAGCUGACCUCCCUGGCCGACAGCUUGCGACUUGAGAUUCGCAGACCGCCUCGGCGAGCGGAGCAACUGGACUGGACGAUGGAGAUGGCGAGACCCAGGUGAGCCCACGCGAAGUCCCAAGCCUUCAGAUACAGGGCUAGCAUGGUGCAGAAGAAGUGCACAAGAAGUGCUACUGUAUCAUAUUGGCAGUGCAAACAAGCAAUGCACACAGUCCUUGCAGGGAAAAA